CGGCGAACGAUCCGCGGUGGCACGUGCACUGGCUGCCUUGAGGCUGGCAGUCAUAGUAAACAACACCCCUUCUCUGGAUUCAUCUGUAUGAGUGCCAGAAUGUCGAAAUGGCAGAGACUACGCCUCCCAGAGCGUGAGGGGCUUCCUCCGCUCCUCUACAAAUACAGCGGGGCAUCUAAAGGCUACGAGAUAUACAUCACGGAUCUCACUCUACUGUGGUCGGAGCAGCUCAGCAAUCGACAAAUCCGCAAGAGAGCCGAUGAAGAUGACACGACCAUUGACCCAAGCGAAGAUUCUGAGCAAUUCAAGGUUCUGCUCCAGAAGAUCGAAGAGGCCCUCUGCAGCAGUCCCGGGAGCAGCAUGGCACUGACCAGCGGAGCCAAAACCGAUUCCUUAAAAUUACAUCUAACGACGAAACUUCCUGCUCCGUUGAGGCCACUAAAAUGGAAUACAUAUCUGUCCAAAGAACCGCUAACUGCUGCGACAAAUCACCUACUUCUACCCCUGCUGAGAGAAGAGAAGGACCGGGAAUUGCACCAACGAACCCUGCUCGACCAGCUCAAACAGAAGGAUUGGGUCCUUGGGAAGCUGUUCGACAAGAUUGAAGUGAUGGGUAUCGAGCUAAGCACCAUCUUUCCCGGCACGUCUGGGCUGCGCGGCGCUCGAAAAGAGACAUCCUUAGCCCAGGCGGCGAAAUACAUCAGAGGAGUUGCGCCGUUUGAUGAGCAGGCGUGGUUGGAUGAGAUGAGCAAGUCUUCUCCUGAGUCGGGACUUACGUCGAAUAUCCUGAAGGAGAUUUCGGGAUCUGAUUCAGCCUCAGACCUGGAGAAAGUCCACCCGCCACCAGACGGAUGGUGGGGGUCGCUGGACAUACGCAGCACUGCUGCGGCCAGCCCUGAGCCAGAGGCAAGAAAGGAAACGCCAGAGCCGGAACCUAGCGCUACCAAGGACACCGGCCAAAUGGAUCUGGACACAGCUUCUGAAGACGAUGACGUCGAAUUUGAGCGUCAAGAGACACCCCCAAGAUUCAAACAGCAACAACCUCCCAAGAAAGAACCUCAACCCUCAAAGAAGUCCGAACCAGAACAACCCAGUGGGAGAAAGUCAUCCUCUCCACCUCCGCAAAAAGCCCAACAAAAACCCUCCAAAGGACUAGGCAAAAUUGGCGGUGCAAAGGCAAAACCAAAACCGAAGUCACCUAGCCCCGAGCCCGAGCCCGAACCCGAACCUAAAGAACCAUCACCACAACCACCAUCAACAAGAUCAUCAUCCCCAGAUCUCGAAGAGCCACCCUCGCGACCCGCCAGACCAGUCAAAACACCGUCAGCCACGCCCUCAGAUCAACCAACAGAUUCAGAUGAUGCUUCGGACCAAGACGAACGUCGUCAAACAACCCCACCACAACCACCAUCACCCCCCAAACCAAAAGAAAAAGAACCGCAGCAAAAGAAACCCCGUGGCGGACUGGGUGUAAUUGGCGGCAAGAGGAAAACAUCCAAAGAGCCUACACCUCCACCCCUAGCUCCGUCGUCCCCAACUCCAGAACCGUCAAAAUCAGCAUCACCACUGCCUCCAUCGCAAUCACAACAAGCCAAACCGAAACGCGCAGGAAAGCUAGGCGUUAUUGGCGGCGGCAAAAAGUCCAAGACAUUCAAACCCGAGCCCGAACCUGAACCGGCACGAAGAGCAAAUCUCAAGCGUAAAUCUGAAUCUAGAUCCCUUUCACCACCGGGAAUAGGAAUCCGACCCAAACAAGAGUCGCAGGAGGAAAAACCGAAAAUAAAGGAGCCAGAACCAGGGCCAGAAAAAGAAGAGACGGAGAAGGAGAGAGCGGAUAGGAAGCGGGAGGAGCUGAAAAAGCAAUUGGAGGCGAAGAGUAAGGCGCCUGCGAAGAAGAAGCGAAAGUUUUAGAGGUUGGAUAUUGUGGUUUUGGUUACACGAUGAACCUUUUGAGUACGGCUCUAGAUAGUUAUACAGAUGGACGCAUCUAAUCGGAUCUAUUACGAUA